AGGAGAGGCUAAAGCGAAGAGUCUUCGGCUUCCACUAUCACCCCGAACCCCGCUUCGAUAGCUAUAAGUACUCGUGCAAGGAGCUUGUGGUGUUGCCACACCCGCUGCUUUCCCGGUUCUUGCUUCCAUUCGUUACGACUCUUUGUUGGUCAUUCUUUGAUCAGAUGUCUUCCUCAAGAUUUCCACGCAAUUUCACCCCCCCGGCCUCUCCCACGGCUUCGUACUACGACAUCUCCGACGAUGACGAGAAUGGAUAUAGCACUAUCACGAACACAAGCACCGGCCGGAGUGUGAAGCUGCUGUAUUCAAAAUCAAAGGCGAGUUUGUUUGCCUUGUUGCGGUUGUCGGUUACACGAGCGGGAUGAGAAACUGGACUGUUGGGGGAUUCUAUCCUGUGCCACCCGCGCUUUUGAGAUGCCGUUCUUGAAAUUAAUAUUCUUUGGGAGUGUAGGUUUAUGUGCAUCCAACGCCCUCGAAAAUUGAUAAUAUCCCUGGGUUUGUAGCCCUUGUUCAGCAAAAGCCCCCUCCGAGCGAUGUCCCCUCGACCCCGCCUGCGGUUGCGGCCACGCUGCUUCUAGCCUGGCUACCGGAAUCGGCACUCGGAGACGCCUACGAUACCUAUGUCAAGGUAGAUCUUAUCGAUGCUGAGGCACCGCCCCGACAGUCAUACCUGGUACCCCCACCACCGGCAACUGUAUACGCGCCGGGAACAUCAUGUGUCGGGAAUUAUGCCUUCGCCGUUCCCGUCUCGCAGAUCUAUUCAUUGCUCAUUCGGCCUCCGAAUUUCGGGUGGUGGUGGGGAAGUGUCAUCAUUAAUACUCGUGCUGGCGACUCGUUCCCCGCCUUGUUCUUUCAUGAUUCGGAGUGUGCGUCGACAAUCGCCCAAUCCAAGAAACGGGCUAAGGCUAAUUUUGAUCCAUUUGGUGAAGGGGGUGCCUUGUAUUGGGGUGGAGACGAGGUGCUUAGGUGGUUAAGGCGUUAUGUAAGGGUCGAGAAGAGUGAGGUGGAGCCGAGUGUUUAUCUCGUCGAGCCUAGCCAAGAGGAUCUCCUAUCGUUUGGCUCGAAACCAGUUACGGUUGGCCGCGCCGGGGAGAGUUCAACGUCCGGUGGGGCUGGGAUGGAUCCUUUCACAAAGAUGUUUAAAGAAGCACGAUGGGGGUUCUUGGAAAAGAUUUCCCGUGUUACAAGGUUCACCCGGAGGACUGCGGAGGACAUCCUUGACUCCCCAAAGGUCCCUUUACAGGUCAGGAGACUUUUGAAGAAUCCCGAUGUGGUCAGCCUCCAGGAUGAGUUCGACUCCGCUAGGCUCUACCUUGCGCGGUGGGCUAUGGGGAUUGCGGAGCAAAGCGAGAAGGAGAGGCAACAAGACCACCAGGUAGUCUGGGCUAAUAGGGAUGCGCUGGAGUUGGAGGAUUCGGCGGUCGGGGAGUUUGAGAUUCUGGAUCUCGAGUCUGGGAGUACCAAAUUGGAUUCAGAGAAGAGGAAGCCAGUAUCGCUGGAGGAAUGGAAUAGGUGGUUUGACCCGAAAACUGGAAAAUUAGCUAUUGCGACCAACGAGGUCAAGGAGCGCAUAUUCCACGGUGGAGUCGAGCCUGGGGCUGCAAGGAAGGAAAUUUGGUUGUGGCUAUUGGAGGUUUACCCUUGGGACAGCACUAGGGACGAGCGCAUUGCUCUAAUGAACAGCAAGAGAGACGAGUAUGUUCGAUUGAAGGGGAGGUGGUGGGAUGAUUUGGAUAGGAGAAACAAUGAUGAGUACUGGAGAGACCAGAAGAACCGUAUCGGUAUGUAUUAUUGAACGAUCAAGCUGCGGAACAGCUAAACUGAUUGGGCGCUUGCCGUACGGAAUAUAGAGAAGGAUGUCCACCGUACCGAUCGUGGCGUGCCGAUCUUUGCGGGCGAGGAUAUCCCCCAUCCAGACCCUGGUUCUCCGUUCGCCGAAACUGGCACCAACGCUCACUUGGAGCAGAUGAAGGAUAUGCUCCUGACAUAUAACGAGUAUAAUACCGACCUCGGCUACGUGCAGGGCAUGAGCGAUCUUUUGGCACCCAUCUACGCGGUAUUACAGGAUGAUGCGGCAGCCUUCUGGGCAUUUGUUGGCUUCAUGGAGCGGAUGGAGCGGAAUUUCUUGAGAGACCAAACUGGGAUGAGGGCACAGCUCGUGGCGUUGGAUCAUCUCGUCCAGCUGAUGGAUCCAAAAUUAUAUGCACAUCUAGAGAGUGCGGAUUCCACAAACUUUUUCUUCUUCUUCAGAAUGCUGUUAGUUUGGUACAAGCGGGAAUUUAAGUGGGAUGACGUGCUCAGGCUAUGGGAAACCAUGUGGACAAAUUUCCUCAGCAGUCAAUUCCACCUGUUCAUCGCCUUGGCAAUUCUUGAAAGGCAUCGGGAUGUUAUCAUGGACCGUAAGUUAUCCUUUUGUUAUCGCAAUGAAUUACACUAAUUCGGAGCAGAUCUGAAACAGUUUGAUGAGGUCCUAAAAUACAUCAACGAACUAUCCACAACCAUCGAGUUAUCUUCAACUCGGGUCCGUGCCGAAGCAUUGUUUUACAAAUUCCAACGGGUUAUAGAAGCCGCGGAUCGCAAAAGCGGUUUUGUCCCACCCGGGGAGGGAAGUUGCGAGAUGAGGAAGCGGAGAACGGGGAGCAUUUGUGGGGAGAGCUCCUCGAGCAGCUGUGCGGAACUGACGUCCGGGGCCGCAUCAAACAAGGGGAAAAAUGUCCAGGGGCGGAACGGAGAGAUUGUGCCGAAUGUCAGCCCCGAGUUGUGGGCCUUGUUGAAUAGGGAUAUUGUUAGGGCGAAGUAGAGUGGGUUUUUAUGGAUUUCUUUUUUCUCUCUCUUUUCAUAUUAUCUGUCCUUGCAUGUGGGUGUUUUUGGGACUGGCUGGGUCGGGUUGGGUUGGGUUAGGGAAAUCUAGGGGUGCGCGGCCCGGGCCGGGACGGAUUGGCUGAAAUGGGCUGCUGUGAAUACUGGUAUCAUGCAUAUAACAGGAUCCUCUACACAAGUGCUUAGAUAUUCUAGCAAUAUGGAUAAGGUCAUUGU